AUAUGUUUGGCUAUUGUCAAUAUAAUACGCUGUCGUAUAACACAGAAAAAUCUAGUCAUUGAAAUAUUAUUGGUUACAUUAAUAAAAAAUAAACAUACACGAAAAAAAAACUACUAAUACUACUAAUACUACUAUAAUACAUGAAUGAUAGUUAACUACUUGCAUGCGUAAAAAUGCAUUAAAUGUACAAUAACAUAGGUAUAUUUUUAUAACGAAUAAAAUGUAUAAGAUCAUUUGUUAUUAAAUCUCAUUUGAAUUUAUUUAUAAUCUCAAUUGAAUAGAAAAUAUCAUUAUCAUUAUAAAUAAAAUAUUAAUAUCAUUAUAAAAAGUUCUUCAGAUAUAACAAAUAUCAAUACAAUUAUGGCAACUGAGAUGAAAGAUAAUUUAAUAGGUAUACAUGAAAAAGAAAAUAGCAAUCCACGUGCUAUAUUUUACAAAAAACCUAUUAAAAAAGACAAUUAUAAUUUAGAUGUGGAUAAUAUUGAUACUUCUCAAGAAAUAAGACGUCGACGGUUAUUACAAUUUCAAAAAAAAUGUAGAGACAUAGCAUUUAAUGUUGGAAGAGGAAUAUUAGAAGAAGCAUUUAACUCUGAAGAAGAAUGUGAAGAAGAAUUAGAAAUUGAGGAAACGAAUAAAAAAGACUAUCACUCUUUUAAACGCCAAUUUAAUCAAACGAAAUAUUAUGCAAAUCAGUUAAUGAUGUCUGAAUGGAUGUUGGAAGUACCUCAAGAUCUUUUAGGAAAAUGGAUUAUAGUUCCUUGUCCUCAAGGCAAAAGAACUCUAGUUGUUGCAUGUAAAGGUAUAACUAAAGCAUAUAAUAAACGAGGUAAUCGUCUUGGUAAAUUCUAUUCUGCACUUCCUGGUGGUAAUCCAUCUGAACAUAGAAGUAGUUGUACCAUUAUUGAUUGUUUGUGGAUAAAACAACAAAAAAUAUAUUACAUCUUAGAUGUACUUGCAUGGUCUAAUCAAUCAUUGAUGAAUUGUGAUACUGAAUUUAGAUUUUUUUGGUUAAAAUCAAAAUUACAAGAAAUUGAAGAAUUACACAAAAGGAAUACAUAUAAAAAUAGUUUUCCCAUGUUAUCUUUACCAAAUAUCAGUUGUGAUACUGAUAUAAGUUUAUCAUUAGCAAAUCUUCCAAAUUUGUAUCCCUUAGAUGGUUUACUAUUUUACCAUAAAGAUGGACAAUAUACUAAAGGUCGUACUCCACUUGUAACGUGGUUAAAACCUUUUAUGUUAUCGGAAGUACUUGGUGUUUCUGUACCACCACCACUUGAUGAACAACCUGAUGGGUAUAUAGAUUUUGUACAUUAUAUUCUUAAUUGUCGAGCUAAAAAAAGAAAAGAAGAAUCAGAAAAUCAAAUGGAUAUUGCAGAUGAGAAUUCCUAAAAUUUUACUUUAUUUUAUUUGUAUAAACGAACUUCUUAAGGAAGUGAAUUAUAAUUGACAUAUUGAAGAUGUUAAUAAUACGUAUAUUUUAUGAAUGUAACUUUUGUGUUGUACAAAUUUACUGGUAAUAGUAUUUGAAAUCUAACAUUAAUAUUUUAUACAAUCUGUGAUAUUUAAAAAAAUUAUACCAAAUCCAAAUAAAUUUAUAAAACAUAUGAUGAUAUAAAAACUGCAUAUACUAAUCCAAAUUAUUAUGUUAAAAUUAAUAUUACAAUAAUUUAACAUCAAUAAUUUAAAAUAUAUUAUACAGAUUACAUCU